CGGCGGCAGCGACGGCAGCCUCCUCUCCGGGUCUCCGGCCCGGCCUCCUCGCGGCCCCACCCCCGUCCCCACCCAGCCAGGUCUGGGCGAGCGGCAGCCCAGCGGAAGCGGCAGUCGGAGGAGCGGCGGCGCCGCGCACGGAGCCCGCAGACAUGAGUGAGUCCGUCGUCUGCACCACCCGAGCCACUGUGAUGCUGUAUGAUGAUGCCAACAAGAAAUGGGUGCCAGCGGGGAGCGGCCCCCAGGCCUUCAGCCGCAUCCAAAUCUACCACAGCCCCGUCAACAACACGUUCAGGGUCGUGGGGAGAAAGAUGCAGCCGGACCAACAGGUGGUCAUCAACAGCCCCAUCGUGAAAGGGCUAAAAUACAACCAGGCUACGCCCAACUUCCACCAGUGGCGAGAUGCCCGCCAAGUCUGGGGGCUCAACUUUGGCACCAAAGAGGACGCUAGCCAGUUUGCUGGUGGGAUGAUGGCUGCCCUGGAGGCUCUGGAUUCAGGGAACUCGGCAGCUCCACGGCCCAUCCAGAACGGCCCCACGGCGGAAGAAAUGGCGGAGCAGCAGAAAAGGCAGCAGCAGCAGCUGGAAAGGGAGCAACAGGAGCAGGCCGAGCGAGAGCGGCGGGUGACAAUCUCAGUGCCUGCAGGGACGCCUUCGGGAGGAGGACCCCCGCCCCCGCCAGGACCCCCGCCCGCCCCGCCAUGCCCGCCCCCGGGCCCACCGCCAGGAGCACCAGCGGGGCCUCCCCCGCCUCCCGGGCCUCCGCCGCCACCCGGCCCUCCACCUGGCCCCCCUGGCCCUCCACCUCUGGGAGGGGGGCCGCCCCCUGCGCCACCCCUCCCGCCUCCCCAGGGCCCGGCAGGAGGGGGCGGCCCGCCCUCCGGCUUGGCUGCUGCCCUCGCAGGGGCAAAGCUCAAGAAAGUGGGCAAGGAGGAGGCGCAAAAGGCCGCGGCUGGCGCGGCACCCCCGCCGAGUGGAGGGGGAGGCGGGGGGCUCAUGGAGGAAAUGAGCGCCAUGUUGGCGCGGCGGAGGAAAGUUGCGGAUCAGGGUGAAAAACCCAUUCCAAAGAAAGAUGAAGGUCCCCAAAACGACACGGACGCUGGUGCCAAAACCACAGAUCCCUUCCGCAGGCCUUGGGAGAAAACCAGCACGACGCUACCCAGGACAACUGUGACCCAGAGAAGCACCACGCCCUCAGCUGCAGCCCGUCCACAGUUCGGCCAGUCUAGGAUGAAAUCCGCCGGAGCAAUCACCGGUUCGGAACCUGCUGGUGGCGGGGGCGGAGGAGAUGAGUCGGAGCUGGAACGGGUGAAACAGGAACUCUUGCAGGAGGUCCGGCGGGAAUUACAGAAAAUGAAAGAGGAGAUCAUUCAGGCAUUUGUGACAGAGCUACGGAAGCGGGGGUCUCCUUAGUGCAACCCCCCCCACACACACACAAGAAAGAAAACCCCCCAACUUGCCGGUGCCUCCUGGAGCCAGCAGUCCAAUCCUCCGAAACGUGCAGGAAAGAAUAAAAGCGGAAGAAGAUAAAAAGAACGAACUUGAUCACCCCUUUUCUCCCCACGCCCCCCCACAAACGCACCAGAUGAGCUCCACACAACACACACACACCUUUUCCCGUCGGCUCCCAGGCCCCCGCUGUGCAAUUUCCGGGGAGGGGGGGGGAAGGAGAAUCUAUGGCAGCCCCCCCCACCCCAGGAAGGGCAGGACCCCCCACCUGUGCCUUACCCAGAGCAAUAGCAACACCCCUCCUUCGUCCUCUGCUUCCUCCCCGCCCCCCCGCCACAACGAGGGGCUUGUUCCCGCAGGAGGUGUGCAAGGGGGGGUGCGUUUCCCUGGCGGAACUGGCUCCUCCCCCCCUCCCGCCACCACUUAACACUGUGCCAUUCCCAGAGAGGGCUAGACUCUCCAUCACCCGCAAAUCAUCCUUUUUCACGCUUGGACCAAGACGCCUGUGUCUGUUUUUUCUUUCUCUCCUCUGCCCCCCCCCAAAAA